CACUUAAAACAUUCGACGAGGGCGAACGUAGGGCCCGCGUAUCCACGUAUACACAGCGCAUUCACCAGUCAAGCGUCAGGAAGUGUUUUCAUUUCAACAAGCUUUUUGAAAUAUCUGCUGCACAAGUAGCCGAGAACAUGGCCAACGAAAAGGGAUUCAUAUGCCGAAUAUUCAACGUUAACACCCGUGAGUACCUGUACGCGGCUGAUGCCAAACUGUUCGACGCGGAGAGGAGAAGCGUAUUCACAUGGGGACCUGGUAAUUAUGACAGCAUGUGCUACUGGAAGGUUAUUCCCACCUCUUACGAUUAUAAAUGUGACCGGAAGUUCUUCAUCUACAAUGAACACCAGAAGGAGUUCCUAUAUGCGGCCACCCAAUCGCCGUACGAUGAUGAUCGCCGCCAUGUUUUUACGUGGAGAAAAAACCAAGAACGGGACGAUAUGAUGGUAUGGCGCAUCGAACCAUCGACGGAUCGAGGUGUCUACGAGAUGUACAAUGUUUACCAACGGGAAUACUUAUACGCGGCAUACAUCAAGAAUGCUUGGUUUGACAUUAAGCGCCGUAGAGUGUUCACCUGGCGGCCUGGAACCCGCGCAGGGAUACAAGGACACUGGAAAUUUGAGUGGCUUGGCGAAAACCCACUUUUGUAGAACAGCGAGUUGCCGGCAUGGGAAUGAACCGAAUGCUUUCUUGCCAUAUUCCAUCUUUCUCCAACCAGUCUAUACUUCCCAACUUGAUAACCGGCAAUCUCGUAGGAGGUUUUUAAAGGGACUCAGUUGCGAUCUCGGAACUGCAUGUCCUGGUAAUACCAUGUUUGAGGAGUUGAGUUAUCUCAAUUAUCCUAGAUUACCUUUCGCGAGACAAGACUUAGAUUAGAUUUCACGUAUAUGCAUGCAAUGGCACGACAUAGCGAGAAAUUGUCCGAAAAUCAAACUAUGCCCUGCUACCAUGUUACUGUUUGUAGGAUAGGCUACUGGCCAUGGACGAUGGAAAAACAAACUGCCGAUACCCAGUUUUAAUGUUGCCCUACAGAGGCUGCAUGACCUUGACAUUGGCCUUGCAGUCGACUCAUGUGGACCCCAAAUACUCUGAUGAGGACCUUGAUGUACCGCAAUCAGCAGAUGUUGGACCAAACAUUUCAGAUAUUGAAUCCGGUUAGGCGUGAGCAUGAAAAAGUGUUCCUAACGCAGUCAUCCGCAUGCCUAACAAGACAUAACAUCUGGUGAUUUUGUUCCGACAUUUGCCAAUCGCAUCAUGGCACCAGUUGUUCUCAAGAUUCUCCGCCUCUCGAUAUUUCAAUACUUAUUGUAUACACGAGGAAGGAGUAUCUGAUUCAAUGUCCCCAAAAGAGUAUUCUGAGCAUUGAAUUGUAAUUAUCUCGUAAUCGAACAACUUGUGUAUGUUCCCCACUACGCUCUUCCUUAAGUCACAUGAAUCAUAAUAAAGCUGCUAAUUGAAGCUAAUGACAUCUGAUUGGUCUCUGCGGUAAUGACUCAAUUAAGGAAUUGUUAACUCAUAAUCUGUCCUCUGGGAGUUACAAUUAGCCCGGC